UCUCCCCCUCCUCUCCAGUUCAGAUUGGAGGUGACAGGUGAUCGGGCUUCCGGCAGCGGAUGUUCUUGUGCUUGGCUUCUUCCCACAGCGGUGAGGCUGGACGGAUAAACUCACCAUGGCGCAGGAACCGGAGGGGAACAACCGGCUCCUGCAAGACGUGCUGGCGAGACCGGGCAACGAAACGUGCGCCGACUGCGGCAAUCCAGAGCCAGACUGGGCGUCACUGACUCUGGGCGUGUACGUUUGCCAGGCCUGCUCCCUCCUGCAUCGGAGCAUCCCCCACAUUAGCCGGGUCAAGUCGAUCCAGGACACGUGGGAUGCAAGUGAGGUGGAGUUGAUGGCUGCUAUGGGAAACAAUGCCGCCAAGGCCAAAUAUGAACAGAAGGUUCCUGCUUUCUACUACAGACCAACACACACUGACUGCAAGUUGCUGAGAGAGCAGUGGAUCAGAGCCAAGUACGAGAGGAAUGAAUUUGAGUUUAUAGAGAAACAGGAACCUUACUCUGCAGGAUACCGAGAGGGGUUUCUAUGGAAACGAGGAAGAGACAAUGGUCAGUUUCUCAGCCGAAAGUUCAUCCUGUCGGAGAGGGAGGGAGCCCUCAAGUACUUCAACAAGCAGGAUGCCAGGGAUCCCAAGGCAGUGAUGAAAAUUGAAACCCUCAACGCCACCUUCCAACCGGCCAAGAUCGGCAACCCCUGUGGCCUGCAGAUCACCUACCUGAAAGACAACAGCACAAGAAACAUCUUUGUCUACCACAGUGAUGCUAAGGAGAUGGUCGACUGGUUCAAUGCUAUCAGAGCAGCCAGGUUCCACUACCUACAGGUGGCUUUCCCUGGAGCAAGUGAUGAGGAGCUGGUGCCCAAACUGACCCGGAACUUCAUGAAGGAAGGCUUUAUGGAGAAAACAGGACCAAAGCACACAGAGGGCUUUAAGAAGAGAUGGUUCACCAUGGAUGACAGGAGACUCAUGUAUUUCAAAGACCCACUGGAUGCCUAUGCUCGGGGGGAGGUGUUCAUCGGCAGUAAGGAGAACAGCUACACUGUUCUGUCUGGUCUGCCUGCGUCCACUCAGGGCUACCACUGGAACCACGGCAUCACCAUCGUCACGCCAGACAGGAAGUUCCUGUUUGCCUGUGAGACUGAAGCCGAGCAACGAGAUUGGAUAGCGGCCUUUCAGAGGGUCAUCAAUCGACCAAUGAGGCCGCAGGAAUAUGCAGUGGAGGCCCAUUUUAAACACAAGCCUUGAAGCCGGCAUGAAGCCGCAACCCAGCUGGACUGGCCCGGUCUCAUUCAGAUCAGAGACAACCCCAAUGUGUGACC